AUGUUUGGCGUCUCACCAACGCCACCACCGUUGGCCUAUGCUAUCGUUUGCGAAUUGUUACAGAUGGGUGGGAUGGAUCGUACUGAAGGCUUCAGCGUUCACUGGGACGAGUUUUAUCUGGGUAAGACAAAGGUUAAUCGCACACGGAUCUUCACUGAGAGAAUAGUCGAAUCUCGCGAACCGUCACACUAUGAAAUCGAAAUCGAAUCGUCAUUGGACUCUGAACACUGGGAUAGCGAUAGUGAAGAUCCUCAAGACAAUGACGAGAACGGAAAUGACUCUCUAGAAGAAUUCGGACCAUCGCAAGAAACUGAUGAUAAUGAGACCGGUGACUGUGAGGCUUUUGCUCCCGGUCAGCAGAACCGGGAGGGCUUCGGACAGGUGUUCGCGCCUCUGUUAGUUCGUCGAUCCACCUUCAACAUUUCACGAUCGAAUUUAUUUCAAUGUGAACGUUGGGAAAAGUUCACUCGUUCAUCGGCUUCAUCGUGGCCAAAGCCUUCUCAACUAGUUAAAACUCUGCCGUUGGUUGUGCCUCUGAUUACGAAUUCUACGCCAUUCUUAGAGAUCGACGAGGCGGCCUUCUUCACUCGUCCGAUGACCGUGGCUCGGAUAUCGAUUUCACGGUAUACGAAGCAGCUGCCGAACGUUUGUCAACAAGACAACGAGCGACAAGCUCAAGACACUCGGAAGCGCCCAGAAGUUGGCACUCUACCACUACAUGUUCCGUUCCAGAAGCCAGCAAACCUGCUCCAUGUGCAUAUCAGGGUUAAAUAUGAUUUUUGA